AAUGCUCAGGCUAGGUAACAAAUUAUGUGAGGAUUUUGAAAGUCAAGAAGGUCUCAUUUGAUAUUUAUAUAAAGGAAUCUUUUUAAGUGUUCCGUCGACUUUCUAAAAUGGUUGAUGCUAAAUUGGAUGCAGUCCCAAGCGUGGAAAUAGAGGAAGGAGUAUUCAAAUAUGUACUAAUAAAAGUGUACGGAAAGGACGAAUCACUUCAAAAAAACAUUGUCCGGGGAUACGCAGACUGUCAAUGGCAUUCUGACAUAUAUGAUAGAUCCAGCGAAUCCUUGAAGGGCCUGGGACUAGAAACAGAAUGCCUCGGCGGUGGAAGAAUUGAGCACAAUGCAGAUUCAAAGCUCAUUAAAGUAUACGGCUAUUCACAGGGUUUUGGAAAGGCAGAUCACGCUGAAACCAAGAAAAUUUUGCGAGAUAAAUUUCCUGAUUAUGAAAUACAAAUAUCUGAUGAAGGCUAUUAAGGCAAGCCCACCACGAAAAUCACAUAAGAAUUGAUCUUGUUGUGUUAUUGAAAUAUUUUGUAAAAAAAACAUCUUACGCUUGAAAAUAGUUUUAAUACGUUUGUA